AUGGAGGACGUGAUGUCAAUGGAGGAAAUCAAAGAGACAGCCUCUCGCCUCGGCAUCGAUCUGUCUCAGCUCGAUUUGGACUCCAUUCGCCUCCCUCCUGGUGAAGACUUCGGCAUCAAAAGUGAUGAUGAGGAUUUGAAUGAGGAGGACCCUUUGGAGUUUGAUGCUGGGUUUGGUAAUAUUAUUGUGGUGGAUAAUCUACCAGUUGUUCCAAAGGAGAAAUUUGAGAAGCUGGAGGGAGUAGUUCGGAAGAUAUACAGUCAAAUAGGAGUGAUAAAAGAGGAUGGGCUUUGGAUGCCUCUUGAUCCUGCCACCCAGAAAACCCUUGGGUACUGCUUCAUCGAGUACAAUACUCCUCAGGAAGCUGAACUUGCUAAGGAGAAGACAAAUGGAUACAAGUUAGACAAAGCACAUAUAUUUGCUGUGAAUAUGUUUGAGGACAUCGAGAAGUUCUUGAAAGUUCCAGAUGAGUGGGCUCCUCCUGAAACUAAACCAUAUGCACCAGGG